AUGGGUCUCUUGGCGCUCGGCACUGCGCUCGAGUGGCCCGAGGCCAAGAAGCGCGCCCACCAAGUCCGGGAAUGGGGCAUCAAGCAACUGCUCGAGAUCUGGACAAAGGCAAAGAGCAAGGAGCGCGAUGCCAUGCUCUGGGGCGACGAGGUCGAGUACCUCGUCGUCACCUACACCGACAAUGACCCCAAGGUGCUCCUGUCUCUGCGCCAGGCCGACAUUCUCAACGCACUGGCCGCAGACAAGGAGCUGGGCCAGAAUGGAACGACCCCUCCCCAACUCCACGAUGAGCCCCUGAAGAGGACCAAGUCAGGUCCUCUGCCCGUCUUCCACCCCGAGUUUGGUCGCUUCAUGCUCGAGGCAACCCCGGGCAAGCCGUGGGGAAUCGGCUUCCGAGAGCUCCUCGACGUCGAGCCCGACAUGAAGCUGCGGCGCAAGAUUGCAAAGGAGCACAUGCUGUCCAGCGAGUAUCCCAUCACCCUCACCACCUUUCCUCGCCUCGGCAGCCCCGGCCAGUUCACCCAGCCCUUUUACCCCCCCUCGGGCCCCCGGCUCCGCUCGCAGUUUGUGCCCGACGAGAUUGCCAACCCGCACAUUCGCUUCCCCACCCUCGCCGCCAACAUCCGCUCUCGUCGCGGCCGCAAGGUCCAGGUCAACGUCCCCGUCUUCCAUGACAAGAACACGCCGAGCCCGUGGACGGACCCGACUGUCAACCGUGAUCUGCACACCUGGCCCGAGGACAACGACGAGCGCAACGGCGCUGCCCCGGACGACUUUAUCCACAUGGACGCCAUGGCCUUUGGCAUGGGCAGCUGCUGCCUUCAAAUCACCUUCCAGGCCAAAAACAUCACCGAGGGCCGGCAAAUGUACGACCAGCUGAGUCCGCUGGGCCCCAUCAUGCUGGCCCUGACCGCGGCGACGCCCAUCUACAAGGGCUUCCUCGCCAACACGGACGUGCGAUGGAACCAGAUCAGUCGCUCCGUCGACUGCAGGACCCCCGAGGAGCUUGGGGAAAAGCCGCUGAAGCAUGAUCGGUGGCGCAUCCCCAAGUCGCGCUACGCCUCCAACUCGACCUAUAUCUCGACGGACCCGAGACUGCGUGACGAGUACCUGGACCCGGACCUGGUCAUCGACACCGACAUCAAGGCCAAGCUGCUCGACGGCGGCAUGGACGACCGCCUGGCCACGCACUUUGCCCAUCUCUUCAUCCGCGAUCCCAUUGUCGUCUUCGCCGAGGACCUCGAGGAGCUUGAUCUCGCCAAGACGGACCACUUUGAGAACAUCCAGUCUACAAACUGGCAGCACAUGCGCUUCAAGCCACCCCCCGCCGACAACACCAUUGGCUGGCGCGUCGAGUUCCGGUCCAUGGAGAUUCAGAUGACGGAUUUCGAGAACGCCGCCUUUUCCGUCUUCAUGGUGCUCGUCACGCGCGCCAUUCUCUCCUUUGACCUCAACUUCUACAUCCCCAUCAAGCGCGUCGACGAGAACAUGGAGCGCGCCCACGCCCUCGACGCCCUCCUCACGGAAAAGUUUUACUUUCGCAAGAACCCCUUUCCGCCCCGGCCCUCGCGGCCCGGGACCGCCCGCUGCGGCUCGCCCGGCGUCACCCCCGUCGAGGACGAGUACGAGGAGAUGACGAUUGACGAGAUUGUCAACGGCUCGCCCGCGGGCCAGUUCCCCGGCCUCAUCCCCAUUGUCGAGAGCUACCUCGACAGCGUCAACGUCGACGUCGAGACGCGCUGCCAGCUCGCCACCUACCUCAAGCUCAUCGGCAAGCGCGCCAGCGGCGAGCUCGACACGACGGCCCGCUGGAUCCGCAACUUUGUCGACGCCCACCCGGGGUACCGGCACGACAGCGUCGUCGACGACGUCGUCACCCACGACCUCAUCGGCGCCGUCAUCGCCGUGGGCGAGCGCGAGGCCGCCGGCCGCGGCUUUUCUGGUCUCGGCAUCCACGGCCUGUCCCGCCUGCUGGGCAGCUUCCGCGGCGGCUGCGGCCAAGAGGCCAACGGCGCCGCGCAGAGCAACGGAGAGGUCGCUCCAGACGUCGCCGACACCACCAACGAUCCGGACCCGACUUCGCGCAAACGUAAGAGCGAUUGGCUGGAGGGCCAGGCUGUCCAAGCCCAGUAG